UCCGUGGCAGCAUUCAAGUACAUGUUGGCUUAAAUGAUUGGGGAAUGUCUGUAUUAAAUUCAAAUAGCCAUAGACAAAUAGCGGCUAUUGAACUAAACAAAUUGGAAAUUAAAUUUACUCCAAACACAAAUUUUUUGGAAGUUCAAGGGGAAGGAGGGUGUAAAUCUGCUGAUUUUGUUGCUACAAUUACUACACCUCAAGCCUUACUUAUCAACAAUUUAUUCAAGCAAUUAAAACUCAAAGUUUCGGCUGCCAAAAAUGCUGAAAAGGUUGCAGAAACAUCUUUAUAAAGAAUUUUUUUCUUUAAUAUAUUUUAAUGCCCAUAUUAAUUUAUUUUCGUCUUUUAAAUUUUUAAAUUAUUAUUUUUAAAAUGCAAAUUUUUAUUUUUGUUAAUUUUGUCAAAUUUUGAGUGUUUUUCUCUUUUAUUUUCAAAAUAAAGAGAGAUUUAUUUUUAUUUUUAUUGCCACUUUAUUUUGUGACCAAGUGCGUGACCAAUUGAAAAAUAAAAGGAAAUAAGCCAAACAAUAUUGCCAAAAUGGAAGGGGAAGAAAAGGAAAGUGUAAAGGUUUAUGGAAAUUAUUAUGGGACUUAUUUUGUAGUUAAAAUUUGUUUUGGAUUUAGGAGGAUUCG